GCUACAUAAGUUUCUAAAGUCCAUCUCUAAAAUCCAAAGAUUUUCAUGUACGCGUCUUAAUAAAACUAUAUAAAAAAUGGAAAAUAUUCCGCGGACACAUGAGGACAUCGAGGCACAAAUCAGCGUUAUACAGGAAAAAAAAACAGAGCUGGCCAAGACGACUGCCGCGGCAGCUGGUGUAGGAUUGCUGGACAGCGGAGGAUUCUUUGAUACCGACUUGUACGACGAUGAGGCCGGCAAGGGAAAGGGACGAUACGAGGGGUACAACACAUCAAUUGCGGCCAACGAUGCAGAUGAGGUGGACGAGGACGAAGACGACGGUUUUCCAGUGCCUCAAAAGCGCACCACAUACACGGCGCCCACAUCCGUGCUGAAGGAUGUUACUCAGGGCAAAGAGGAUGUGGAUCCCAUGGCGGAUCGGAGGCGCCCCACUAUUGCGGAUCGUGAGGAUGAGUACAGGCAAAAGCGACGUCGCAUUAUCAUAUCGCCAGAGCGGGCAGAUCCUUUUGCCGACGGCGGAAAGACUCCAGAUGUGGGCUCCCGUACCUACACGGACAUUAUGCGCGAGCAAAUGCUUAAGGGCGAGGAAACAGAGUUGCGGCGAAGGAUCCUUGAGAAGACCAAGGAGGGAACUCUGGUAAAGACUGCAUUGUCAUCAUCUUCGAAUGGAGAAUCUGCGGCGCCCAAGGACGGCGGCAGGAAGCGGGGCAGAUGGGACCAGACGGUCAGCGACAGCUUUAUCCCGGCCAAGGUGGCAACGCCCAGCAGCGCUGCUACACCAACUUGGGAGGACAAAACUCCUGGGGAUCAUCGUUGGGACGAGACUCCAGGCCACAAGGGAAGCGAAACGCCUGGAGCCACACCAGGUCUGGGGACUCGCAUCUGGGAUGCCACACCGGCUCACGCCAUGACCCCAGGUCACGAGACACCCGGUCACGAGAAGUCGGCCCGAAGGAAUCGUUGGGAUGAAACCCCAAAGACGGAGCGCGAAACUCCCGGACACAGCGGAUGGGCUGAAACUCCAAAACCAGAUCGCUCCGGCAGCGGAGCAGGGGUGGAGAGCAUUUCUAUCGAGUCCACUCCUGGAGCCUCCAAACGUCGUUCCCGCUGGGAUGAAACUCCAUCUAAUGCUACGCCCGCUAUUACGCCCACAAACGCUAAUGCCAUGACUCCAAAUAUGACGCCCAGUAUGACGCCACAUGCGACUCCAGGACAUGCUACUCCUAUGCUUACACCAGGAGGCAGUACCCCUAUUGGAGUAAAGGCAAUGGCCAUGCAAACACCCUCUGCGGGAGCUCUGGCUGCCAUGACACCCGAGCAAUUGCAGGCAUAUCGUUGGGAAAAAGAGAUCGACGAGAGAAACAGGCCUUACACUGACGACGAAUUGGACCAAAUCUUUCCGCCUGGUUACAAAAUUCUACCGCCACCAGCUGGUUACGUUCCACUUCGUACUCCCGGCAGGAAACUGAUGGCCACCCCUACACCAAUCGCUGGCACUCCAGCCGGAUUCUUCAUCCAAGUGGAGGAUAAAAACGCGAAGUUCAUGGAUAACCAACCAAAGGGUCAAAAUCUCCCAUUCAUGAAGCCUGAGGAUGCACAAUAUUUUGAUAAACUUCUGGUGGACGUCAAUGAAGACGCUUUGUCUCCUGAGGAGUUAAAAGAGCGAAAGAUUAUGAAGCUACUGCUAACAAUCAAGAACGGCUCACCACCGAUGAGAAAGUCGGCCUUAAGACAGAUAACAGAUAAAGCAAGGGAAUUUGGAGCAGGUCCUUUGUUUAAUCAGAUCCUUCCGUUGCUUAUGUCGCCCACCUUGGAGGAUCAAGAGCGACAUUUGUUAGUGAAGGUUAUCGAUCGUGUUCUUUACAAAUUGGAUGAUUUAGUACGACCCUAUGUGCAUAAGAUUCUAGUGGUCAUAGAACCUCUGCUGAUCGAUGAAGAUCACUAUGCUCGCAUAGAAGGCAGAGAAAUUAUUUCAAAUCUGGCUAAGGCUGCUGGAUUGGCCACCAUGAUCUCCACCAUGAGACCGGAUAUUGACAACAUCGAUGAGUACGUGAGAAACACCACAGCGAGGGCCUUUGCCGUAGUGGCUUCAGCUUUGGGUAUUCCAUCCCUAUUGCCCUUUUUAAAGGCCGUGUGCAAGUCGAAGAAAUCCUGGCAAGCGCGACACACGGGCAUCAAGAUUGUCCAGCAAAUAGCUAUUCUUAUGGGAUGUGCUAUAUUGCCGCAUCUUAAAGCUCUGGUUGAGAUUAUCGAGCACGGCUUAGUAGAUGAGCAGCAAAAGGUGCGCACAAUUACAGCCUUAGCAAUUGCUGCUCUGGCUGAGGCAGCUACACCGUACGGCAUUGAAUCCUUCGAUUCCGUACUGAAACCUCUUUGGAAGGGUAUUCGUACCCAUCGAGGCAAAGGUCUAGCCGCCUUUCUAAAAGCUAUUGGUUAUUUGAUUCCCCUAAUGGAUGCCGAGUAUGCAAAUUACUAUACCCGUGAAGUGAUGUUGAUUCUCAUCCGUGAGUUUCAGUCCCCAGAUGAGGAAAUGAAAAAGAUCGUGUUAAAGGUGGUCAAACAAUGUUGUGCCACCGAUGGUGUGGAACCACAAUACAUCAAAGAGGAGAUCCUUCCGCACUUCUUUAAGUUCUUUUGGAAUCAUCGGAUGGCGCUGGACAGAAGAAACUACCGACAGUUAGUAGACACCACCGUUGAAAUUGCCAACAAGGUUGGUGCCUCUGAGAUUAUCAAUCGUGUCGUUGAUGACCUGAAGGAUGAGAACGAGCAGUACAGGAAAAUGGUGAUGGAAACGGUAGAGAAAAUCAUGGGCAAUCUGGGAGCAGCGGACAUUGAUUCCCGCCUAGAGGAACAGCUUAUCGAUGGUAUUUUGUAUGCCUUCCAGGAACAGACUACCGAAGAUGUGGUGAUGCUGAAUGGCUUUGGAACCAUUGUAAACCAGUUAGGCAAGCGAGUUAAGCCAUAUUUGCCCCAGAUUUGCGGUACAAUUUUAUGGCGACUAAACAACAAAUCUGCAAAAGUGCGUCAACAAGCCGCUGAUUUGAUCUCCAGAAUAGCGGUCGUGAUGAAAACUUGUCAGGAAGAGAAGCUAAUGGGACAUUUGGGAGUUGUGCUAUACGAGUACUUGGGUGAGGAGUAUCCUGAGGUAUUGGGUAGUAUACUAGGAGCCCUAAAGGCCAUCGUAAAUGUUAUUGGCAUGACGAAGAUGACGCCUCCCAUUAAGGACUUACUUCCCCGUCUCACACCUAUUUUAAAGAAUCGUCACGAAAAAGUGCAAGAGAACUGUAUUGACCUGGUUGGUCGCAUUGCAGAUCGGGGACCAGAAUAUGUGUCUGCUCGCGAAUGGAUGCGUAUUUGUUUUGAGCUUCUAGAGUUGCUCAAGGCCCACAAGAAGGCUAUUAGAAGAGCAACGGUCAACACUUUUGGUUACAUAGCUAAGGCCAUUGGUCCCCACGACGUGCUUGCUACUCUUCUGAAUAAUCUAAAAGUACAGGAGCGCCAAAACCGCGUGUGCACCACGGUAGCAAUUGCCAUUGUGGCGGAAUCAUGCCGGCCUUUCACCGUGCUCCCUGCCUUGAUGAACGAGUAUCGGGUACCAGAGCUAAACGUUCAGAAUGGUGUUCUUAAGUCCCUCUCCUUUCUUUUUGAAUACAUCGGAGAAAUGGGCAAGGAUUACAUAUAUGCUGUUUGUCCACUCCUAGAAGAUGCACUUAUGGACCGGGAUCUGGUCCACAGACAAACCGCCUGCUCCGCCAUUAAACACAUGUCUUUAGGAGUCUACGGUUUUGGCUGCGAAGAUGCAUUAACACAUCUACUGAACUAUGUGUGGCCCAAUAUUUUUGAGACUUCUCCUCACCUUGUCCAAGCCUUUAUGGAUUCUGUUGAUGGCUUAAGAGUAUCUCUCGGACCCAUAAAGAUCCUGCAAUACACGCUACAAGGACUUUUUCAUCCCGCUCGCAAAGUGAGGGACGUCUAUUGGAAGAUCUACAACUCGCUGUACAUUGGGGGUCAGGAUGCAUUAAUUGCCGGUUAUCCAAGGAUUACCAACGAUCCGAAGAACCAGUACGAACGGUACGAACUAGACUACACGCUAUAAGUUGUAAUAACUAAUCGGCUAGCGAUAGGAUUAUCUAAGAUAUAAAUAUAAAAAUCCAAACUAUA